UUCAGGCUACAAAAAUGGCCGCCACCUUGCUGGUGCUGGUGGCUUCGCCGUGGUCUGGAGUCCGGGGACUGCUCCGGAACUGCUGGGGACGUUUGCAGCAGAAACUUCAGCAGUGUCAGCCAGGCUUUCGCGGUCCUCCGUGGGGCCCAGCAUUAGCAAUCCAAGGUCCAGCUAUAUUUACAGAACCAACCAAUGAUAUCAAUGGAAAUGAGGAGAUUUCCAGUCUUUCAGAGAGAAUCUUUUGGAUGGCAGCUCCCAAAAACAGAUGCAGCAUUGAAGUUAACAGGUGUAGGAGAAGAAACCCACAGAAACUUAUUAAAGUUAAGAACAAUAUAGAUGUUUGUCCUGAAUGUGGUCACCUGAAACAGAAACAUGUCCUUUGUGGCUACUGCUAUGAAAAAGUGCGCAUGGAGACUGCAGAAAUCAGAAGACAGAUAGGGAAACAAGAAGGAGGCCCUUUUAAGGCUCCUACUAUAGAGACUAUGGUGUUGUAUACAGGAAAGACACAGACUGAACAAGAUCAAGGCAAGAGGAUCACUGAAUGA